AUGGUCAGAUCGUAUAUGCGCCAUGGGCCAACACAGGCUUUUGGUAUCGUCAAUUCCCCGACUGCCAAUUCAGCUUACGAUGGACGAUUAGCCUAUGUAGCUGGGUGGGAAGAUGUAUUAGUAUGGGAUGUCAAGCGUGGUGAGAUGGUAUCGAUGUGGCAUUCACCUUCUCACACAUCACCCGUAACAUACAUUUCACCUCCGUCUUCCCCUUCUUCAUCUAGCUCUUCCUCUUCAUCCGAUACUCCUCAGACCUUCGCCGUAUCUUAUCACGACGGAUCCAUCAGACUCUGGUCCUUCAACUCGGCAAAUCCCGAAAUCGAGGCAUCCGAAAUCGUGACGUUCAACGGACAUAAGAAAUCUAUAAGUCAUAUGAGCUGGGAUGUUUCCGGUAGUAAAUUAGCAUCGGGAGGAGUAGAGGGUGAGAUAGUGUUGUGGGACGUGAUAGGUGAAAUCGGAUUAUUCAAAUUGAAGUCUCACAGAGGGGCAAUAACAGGAUUGAAAUUCAUCCCACACCCUAAAUCAAACAAAUCGACUCAUCCUGGUUUCUUGGUCAGUACGGCGAAGGAUACGUAUAUGAAAUUGUGGGAUUUGGAAACUCAGCAUUGUAUACAGACGAUCGUGGUCGGUCGAUCAGAAGUUACUAGCCUGGAACUAAAGGAAUACGAUGAUUACUUACCGACCGGACAAGGAGAGGAAGAAGAUGGAGAGAGGAUCAGGGGAAGAUGGAUUGUGGUAACUGGAUCAGGGGAUGGGGAAAGUAAAGUGUGGAGCUUGGAGAAUGAGAAAUUGGAUAAUGGGUUGAAAGAGGGCGAAAAUGGUGAACUACCUACACUCAUCCAGCCACUAUGUACCCUUCCCCUGCCAUCUUCAUCGCACGCAAUCACCCAAAUCGACUUCCACCCCACACUACCCCUCCUCCUGCUUCAUACCAACGAUAAAACCAUCGUAGUCCUUCGUAUACGGUCUGAAGAGGAAGUGAACGCCAAGAGAGCAAGAAGGAAGAAGAGGGAUAAAGAGAAGAGCAAGAAAAAGGGCAAACAGCAGGUAGAAGAGGAAGAGGAGGAACAGCUGAAUGACGGUGUAGCAGCUGAUGUCAAAUGGGAGGAAAGGGUCACGAGCUGGUGCGUGAUCAGGGCGAAUUCGAAAGUCAAGAGCUUCGCUAUGGCCAGGGAACAGGUCGAUAGUGCCAAAGGUGGUGUUCAGCUACUCGUCGCACUGGCCAACAAUUCCAUUGAAUCCUACACUAUCCCUUCACCUAGCACAUCAUCCAAGAAGUCCUCCAAACUGCCCGACGGAUCUCCACCUGAACCCACCAAAACUCACGUCGUGGACUUACCAGGCCACCGUAAUGACAUUCGAUCUAUAUCCAUAUCAUCCGACGACCAGGUGAUCGCAAGUUGUUCAAAUGGAACAUUGAAGAUAUGGAAUGCCAGGACAACCCAAUGCAUACGUACGAUCGAAUGUGGUUAUUCGAUCUGUUCGACUUUCCUACCUGGUGAUAGACAUCUGGUGAUCGGUACCAAAAGUGGUGAUCUGUUGUUAUUUGAUAUAGCCUCUUCGACUUUGUUAGAAUCGUACAAAGCGCACAGUGGGUCGAUAUUUGGGAUAGAUGUCAGACCGGAUGGGAGAGGGUUGGUCACUGGUAGUGAAGAUAAGGAUGUGAAAUUCUGGGAUUUCGAGUUGAAAGAGAAAGGUGAGGGAGAGAAGGUGGUGGAUAGACUGGGUAGGGAGACUAUCUACAAAACCAAGCAACUCGCUUUGGUCCACGUCCGUACCCUCAAAAUGACCGAUGACAUUCUCUCCUGUAAAUAUUCACCCGAUGGAAGAUUCUUGGCUGUAUCUCUACUAGACUCAACAGUCAAGAUAUUCUUUUCAGACACAUUAAAAUUCUUCUUAUCGUUAUAUGGACAUAAAUUACCGGUCUUAUCCUUGGACAUAUCGCAAGAUUCCAAGUUGAUCAUAACCUGCUCGGCAGAUAAAAACAUCAAAAUUUGGGGUAUGGAUUUCGGUGAUUGUCAUAAGAGCUUGUUCGCACACGAUGAUUCGAUCAUGCAAGUUCAGUUUGAGAAAGGUCAGGAGAGGAAUAGUCAUUAUUUCUGGUCGGUAGGGAAAGACGGAUUGUUGAAAUACUGGGAUGGAGACAAGUUCGAGCUCAUACAGAAACUCGAAGGACAUCACGGAGAAAUAUGGGCAUUGGCUACCUCGCAUAACGGUCAAUUCGUCGUUACUGGAUCUCACGAUAAAUCAAUCCGUAUAUGGGAGAAGACUGACGAACCUUUAUUCCUGGAAGAAGAAAGAGAGAGGGAAAUUGAACAGAUGUACGAUACGAAUAUCCUAGAUAACCUCAAUCGUGAACCCGAUCUGGAUGGCGGAGAGGGAGCUGAAACGGUGGAAGGAGUAACGAAGCAAACUAGUGAAACGUUGAUGUCAGGAGAGAAGAUAAUUGAAGCUUUGGAAAUCGCCGAUGCUGAUCGAGAAGCGACUCGAACAUGGGAAGAGGAAAAUGCCAAGUCGCAAGUUGAUUUACCGAGACCAUCGAGAAAUGCCGAACUCGUAGCAUACGGUGAUUUGGAUCCGGACGAAUAUGUCUUGAAGGUCAUACAGAAGAUACCGACGGCGAAUAUGGAGGAUGCACUGUUGGUCUUGCCUUUUAGAUAUGUGAUUAGCUUGUUGGGUUAUCUCGACGAGUGGGCUUUGAAGGGUCAACAAACCGUGUUGAUCUCUCGAAUCCUAUUCUUCCUUAUGCGAACGCAUUCCAACCAAAUCAUUUCUAACAAAAUCAUGCGCACACCUCUACUCACACUUCGUAAUCACCUUAGAGAAUCUCUUGAGAAACAGAGGAAUGUGAUGGGAUAUAAUUUAGCUGCGUUGAAGUUCUUAAAAUCGUCUUGGGAGCAGGAAAGGACGGCUGGGCUGUAUGAACAGGAAGGUAUGGAUGACGAAGCUGUGAGGAAGAGGAUCGAGGAGGGUAGAGGGAAGAGGAAGAGAGUGGUUGUCUGA